AUGGCGCUUGUUUGACAAUCAGCUGUCUGAAAGUGGGGAGGAAAAGGCGAACCGAACGUCUGUGUUUUAUGUUCGUAAUGUAGUUUAUGUCCUCAAGCGUUUCGUUGCAGUUGUAACUAUGGCGUGUUUAAGUUCGAGUAGGCUCUGUGCUCGUGUACAAGAUAAGUUGUUGUGUCAAUUUGGACAUAAAGUUCGAAGGCAAACUGUAUUUGUGAAACUCAAACCUCCUGGACCAACUCCGCUGCGGAUAUUUGGAAAGACCUGUCAGAGAGUAGCCACAUGCGGCCCCGCGUGCGGCUCGGGCGGCGCCCCGGCGGCAGCGGUCGGCGUUGCUCGCCGUCUCGCCUCCAGCCUACAGAGCACGAGCACUGGCUCUCUCCCGGACUACGGCACACAGAUCGUCGACCCUUACCGCUUGCUCGAAGACGACCUCAACGGAAUCUAUGAAGACAUACGAUCGGAAUUGGAGAAGAACACGAACCAGUCUGAACUGAACACCAUAGCCACAUACUACUUCGACGGGCAAGGCAAGGCUCUCAGGCCCAUGGUCGCAAUCCUGAUGGCCAGGGCGGUCAACUAUCACGUUUAUGGUGAAAAUAGUGCGCUGCUGCCGUCACAGCGGCAGGUGGCGAUGAUCAGCGAGAUGAUCCACUCGGCGUCGCUGAUCCACGAUGACGUCAUCGACCAGAGCGACUUCCGCCGCGGAAAGCCCUCCGUCAACGUGCUCUGGAAUCACAAGAAGGUGGCGAUGGCCGGCGACUUCAUCCUCGCUGUGGCGUCGAUGAUGAUAGCUCGCUUGCGCAGCGAUGACGUCACACUCGUGCUCAGUCAGGUGGUAACAGAUUUAGUACAGGGAGAGUUCAUGCAGCUCGGCAGCAAAGAGACAGAGAACGAGCGAUUCGCGCAUUACCUCACAAAGACGUACAGAAAAACAGCCUCACUCAUUGCAAACUCCGUCAAAGCGGUGGCCUUACUCAGCGGCGCCGAUGAAACCACAAGCGAACUAGCGUUCCAGUACGGCCGGAAUCUAGGCCUCUCAUUCCAGUUGGUGGACGAUUUACUAGACUUCGUAUCUUCGGCCCAGGCCAUGGGCAAGCCCACAGCCGCCGACCUCAAGCUAGGGUUGGCCACAGCGCCAGUUCUAUUCGCCUGUGAAAAGUACCCGGAACUGAACCCGAUGAUAAUGAGGCGGUUCCAAGAGGCCGGCGACGUGGCCAAGGCGUUCGAGCUGGUGCACAAGUCGCGCGGCCUGGAGCAGACGCGGUUCCUGGCGCGCAAGCACGGCGCCGAGGCCGCGCGCCUGGCCGCCGAGCUCGCCGACUCGCCGUUCCAGAAGGCGCUCGUCGUCACCACCGACCUCGUCCUCAACAGGAUCAAAUAGCACCACCAUACGGCUCACUUUAAGUAUUCUAUCAAAUCCGUCUGGGAAUAACGACCCCGCAUUUUCGAAGUAAUUUUUGGACUGAAUGCACUCCUAAGAGUACUUUGAAAAUCAACACCCUUUCGGACGUUACGACACGAAUUUCGUACCUUUUAAGGUUGAGUGUGUUCGCAUCACUUGCGAGUGUGCGUGAGACUGCGUGCGAGUGUUGGUGUGCGUCGAGUCACGAGUGGCGAGAUAUUAUCGUAGAUAUUAUACGUCAAGUUAUAUGUGCCCGAAUAAUGUAUACAUUAUAUUCGAUUUACAAUACAUAUACAAGUAUGUAGUUAUUAUGAUCAGUCUGACUGAAUUGUUGACUUCGUUCGUGCGACGAAUCAAAGUUUAUAAUACUUAUAUAUUGGAUUAUGUAUAUAAAGUUAUUUAUACUUAUUAUUAUUGUAUUUGUACUUUUUUUUAUUUAUCCUCACUUUUGUGACCUGAUUUAAUAUAAGAUAGUUUUCUGUGAGAGUAUUUUGAACAUUGUGAACUAUCUGCAUCCCAUAUAAUGUAGCUAUUGCCACUGAGUGAGCGUGUAUGUGACCAAUCGUUACCAAAUACCGCUAUACAUAAGUGUACAACAAUAUGCUCAAAUGCUUAUCGAUAUAACUGUACGUUAUGAUGAAUAAUCUGUUUAAUGGUACGGUAUAAUAAUGUACAUAAAGGAUUAUUUAACGAUUUCGUUUUCUUCGUUCCUCUGUUUUUUGUUAUUGUGCAAUUUAAUAAAUAAAGUGUUAGGAGGUAUCUGGGUCUAAUGCACAUUAAUAUUCUGAACUAAAAAGAUUGAAAAAUUGUUGUAAGUGCAGAAAGCUCGUGGUCAGUUCGUCAUGUAGAUGCUAUGUAAAUACUGGAGUCAUUGGAUAAGUUACCCAUGUUUUAUCUUCAAAACCAAUUACCUCAAUUUCUUUAGCGUACACGUAACACGUUAUAGAGGUGUAUAUGUUCUGAUGUAGUAUUAAAUUAUAAGUUUAAUGAGGCCGCACAUUACUUAGGCAAAAUCCGUUAAAACCUUUUGGAAUUUGGUAAAGAAAUUCUGUUAGAAAAUUAGUUAUAAUGAUUGUAAAUAAUAAAAAUGAAUAUUUCAGUAAUACCUACUGAUAAAAUUGUAGUGGUAUGAUAAUAUACCCCACAAAUACGCACCAAGAGCGCAGUAUUUUAAAAACUUUUCUUGAAGUUCUCUAUUUAACAAAAUAUUAGUCAAUAAUAAGGUAACAUUAUUAAGAAGGUGGCACAAUGGUCGCGUCCCAGUUACGUAAAAUUAUGAGAACUUGAGUUUCGUUCCCGCAUUGGUCAACGACUAAUUGCCUAAUUAUUCAAAUUAACGAUCCCUCAUAGUUUUAUGUAACUAUACUAUUUAAUUUUACAGAUUUACGACCAAAUAUGAAAACGGUACUAACACAAUUAUAGCAUAAUGUCACCACGGCCAUGGUGCCAACUUCCGAUGGAAAUGGAGUUGUAUGUUUUGUACAUUCAAUGUUAUAAAAUGGGAGUCAAUGAAUUUUAUUUAUAUGUAUGUAGACAUGUACGUAGCCGGUAUUGUUUGUAAAUAUGAUUACUAUGUAAAAUGCUAAAUCAUGAAUAAUUUUUAAUAUAAAUAUU